UCCUCUUCGUCUGGAGUGCACAAUCACUUGACUGUUCGCGUAUGGAACAGGAGGGGGGGAGGACUUCGCUUCGGCAUUUACCGGCUCUCAGCAACUUUUAACGUUUUGGGGGAUAAUUUGGUGGUGGUGCUCGCGCUCGCUCGCUUGUUUGUUUGUUUUCCUUUUGCUUCUCGACAACAUUGCCCUUCUGGCCUCCUGAGAGCUACCUAUAUCUGUGUGUGUGUGUGUCACAAAACCCGUCCGGGGCAGCGAGAGACCUAAUUAGCCCUCUCGUUAGAGGAGCGCGCCGCCGGCUGGUGCAUUCCGCACGUGAGCGGGGAGCGGGUCCGUGCGGCGACGCGCGUGCGCUCUGCUCGCGCAGAAAAGUGUUUGCAAAGUGGCAGCUCCGCGAGCGGGUGAUCAUCAUAAAGUGUGGGGCUACCGGAUGUACAGCUUCUGUGCGAGAUCUCCCUCAGCACUCUAAGGUCUAGGAAUAGCAGACAGUUGAGGGGGAAAAAAAAAGUUAUGGAUGACGGAAUAGCUCGUUUGCAAGACCGACAGUUGCUGGAUCACGCAGAUUUCCUUGGGGUAGAAUAUUCGUCCCUCUACAUGUGUAAAUCCAAGAGAGGCAUGAAAAGGGAGGAAAGUAAGGAAGCCUACAAGUUACCGCACAGAUUGAUAGAGAAGAAGAGGCGUGAUCGGAUUAACGAAUGUAUCGCCCAGCUGAAAGAUCUGUUACCCGAACAUCUUAAACUGACGACCCUCGGGCACUUGGAGAAAGCUGUCGUCCUGGAAUUGACUUUGAAGCAUUUAAAAGCGUUAACCGCCGUCACGGAGCAGCAGCACCAGAAGAUAGUCGCCUUGCAGAGCGGGGACCGAUCUAUGAAAUCCUCCAUUCAGACGGAUCUGGACGCUUUCCAUUCAGGCUUUCAAACUUGUGCCAAGGAGGUCCUGCAGUACCUUAACCGGUUCGAGAACUGGACUCCCAGGGAGCAGAGAUGCACCCAGCUUAUCAUCCACCUGAACAAAGUUUCUGCUCAGCUCCUGCCCGGCGCUCAGCUCCUGUCCCAGCAGAUCUCGGCCAGCAAGGGUGCUACCUCCUCCCGGGACCCCGGCAGCCCCCGGCUGGAAGCCCAGGCGAACUGUGUCCCGGUGAUCCAGAGGACUCACAAUGGGGAGUUAAACGAAAACGACACGGACACGGACAGCGGGUACGGGGGGGAGGCCGAGAAAUGCGACGGGAAACCUCACGGCGGCACGCCGCGGGGGCUCUGCAGCGUCAGGGUGAAGCAGGAGUUCAGGGACGAUCCCGCGGCCAAAAAAGUGAAGCUGGACGCGGCCGGCGGCGCAGGGGUUAACCCCGACCCCGUCAGCAGACCCGACGUGGCCCUGCUCAACUCGCUGAUGGGACUCGGCGGCGUUCCCUUCGGACAGCAAGCGCCCUUCUGCAUGCCUUUCUAUUUCAUUUCGCCCUCGGCCGCGGCGGCCGCGGCGGCGUCCUACGUGCCCCUUCUGGACAAAUCCAACCUGGAGAAGUAUUUUUAUCCGGCGGCGGCGGCGCUCACGGGGCCCUUCCCGUUCCUCUACCCGGGCGUGCCCGCGCAGGCGGCCGGCGCUUUCCCCGGCCUGCCGGCGGCCCUGUCGCUCGACAAGGGCUGUGCGCCCGCCGUGCCGUCCCCCGGCUUUGACACGGCGGCCGAGACGGACCUGCCUUCGCCCGCGGAGGACGAACAGCACCUGGACGGCCAGAGCCCGUCCCCCGGGUCCCUCAAGUCUGAAAACGACGCCGCUUAAUUCCCGCUACUGUACUGCUGUACAUCCUGUGUGUGUGUGUAGGGGGGUUUAUAAAACCUUUCGCCAACGAGGAAAUAUCUUGAGUUGGGAAUUUUUCUCUUUUUUGUGUGUGUGUGUAUGUGCAGAAGACGUGUGACGCAUUUCGAAUACCGUUUAUUCAUUAUAACCAUCGUAUUAAAAACGAAGCCGGUUUUAUUUGUAGCUCCACAAAGGUUACAGUUGCCGCAUCGCUCACGCUGGAGAGUGUAACUGUAGAGUUAUAUUAUCGUCAGAUCUCAUUGCUGUUCGGCCCGGUAUUUUUGUUCCCCCCUCAUCAGCAGUGAGAAUGUACCGGUAUGUUUGAUGGCCGCAGUAGUGAACAUGCACUUCUGUUGGAGAAGGCGGGAAUGGAUGUCAGUCACUGUAUUUCACACAAAGUUUAACUCCUAGUAUCAGCACCUUAUUGGAAUUUUUGCUACUGAAUGUAAUUAGCUUUUUUUUAUUUUAGAAAAUUCUGUCAACAAAAACGGGGGUUUGUUCUUGGCAAGGUGCAAUGCUCUUGCUGGCACCUUCUAAAGUUUCCUUUUUACAUUAAUGUCGCCUUCCACCCUCUCCUGUUGUGUGUGUGUGUAUAUAGUACUCAUGCACUGAACCUUAAAUCUGAAUCUAUUUUCUUAUAUAAAUAGAUAAAGUUAAUAAAUGGACAUCUCCACCUGGAAAAAAAAAAUGUAACAGGUAAGCAAGAGUUAUCUUUCUUGAUGCCUUCCGAGAUGUUUUUAUUAUUUUGGACUGCGAUCCAAAAUGUGUAUGUGAACUGAGAAAGCAGAUCUCCUCAGUGAGGUAUUUAUAGGUUGUUACUAAGGUACACUAGUACAGUGUGAGUGGUUGCACUAGAAUGUUAUGUAAGAUAGGAGACAAUCUCGCAGUGAAUAGGUAUAAACUAUAUAUACUUGCUCUUGAUAUUUUUUAUAUACAAUGCUGCUCUUUUUCCUGUUUGCCUCAAAUGCCGCAUUUUAAACAAUGUCACGUCCGCUUCAAAAGUGGCUCAUUUGUGUAAAUAGUUUGUGAAUAUAUAAUGAAAUAGAUGUUGGACCUGUUAUUGUUGUAGAAGACAUCUGGAUUUUUAAAGAAUUUAACUAAGCGAUUGUUGCACUUUUUUUUGUUAGUGCUUAGGCAUAUGCUGUCCUAAAUUAUUUUAAAAAUUGUAAUAAAUAUCAGCAAGAAACCAAACACUGAAGUCUCCUUAUUUAAAACCUGAUUUCAGAGGAUGCAUCUCAGGAUGGGGGUUGAAGUAGUGACUAGUAUAUGACAUGUUUUCAUGAGGAAGAAGUUACCAGGUUAACUUGACAACAGCUUUGAGGAAAAUUUCCAUUGGACACAGUCCAAUUGGUUUCUUUUGUUGCCAAGUAUAUUGCAGUCUGAAUUACAGCUGCUUCUGUUGGAAUUGAUGCAGUGAAAUUGGGUGUUGAAACGUACAGUUGUAUUAUACAAGAUAAACGUUAAUAAAUCACGUGCUUCUCUUAUUCACAGAAGUUACCCACCUCCUGGCUUCUACUUUUAACUUGUUCAUAAGCUCUUUAACCUUCCAGCUGCUUCGAUAUAUUUUCUGUGUUUCUUGACAUUGGAUUGCAUAUAUCAUAACGGCCACAAAAUCCAAAGAACCGAUAUUAAAGCAUUAUUCUCCUUUUAAUUCACCGUUGUGCAGAUGUUUUUUUUUUUUUCAUGCCUUCAAAGAUUUGUAUUUCCUUUCUAGGAAAAAAAUAAACUGCCAGUUUGGUUUA